AUGAAGAUGAUUUCAUACUCAGUGCACCGUGAGGAAGACGCGUUUCUGGCGAAGAAAGAGAGCAAUCGAGUACUUGAGAAGGAGCUCCUGCAUGAGCAGGAGCUUCGCCGUGAGACCCAGCGCCGACUGGAGGCUCAGGAUGAAAUGCUGCAGAUGCUUCAGGGCAUUCGCGAAGCGCAGUCGAAGUUGGGUGCAAGCUUGGGGUUGACAUUGUGA